UAUGAGGGCUUACAUAUUUCUGGUGCUAAUAUCCGUGACAGCCCCCUGCCAAGCGGCGGGACGGGGUCCCAGCCAUAGUGUCACAUGGGGAUCACGCUCCUUCCGGGACAUGCAUCUGCGGCGCGAUAUCAUCACCGAGAAGUCCUCAUUUUUGAGAGUUGUCACAAGGGAUUACAUCUUCAAUCAAAAUCCCAAACUGGCCCGAACCAUAACCCAAAUCGUGAUCACCGACCAGGUCCGCGACGGGCAGGGCGGCUAUGCCUAUCUGCAGGCAGGCGGCCCCCAGUCCACCUACGCGAAGAUCCACUUCAAGAGCCAGCGGAACAAGGGCUUCAGCUUCAUCGUGGAUAUCUACGGACUUUAAACCGCCAUUCAACGGAUACUUUUAAUUAUACACGCACUGUAGCCCCUUUCUGACAGUUCUGAUUGUUUGUUUAUGGCCUGUGAAUAUUUAUCCAACGGGUUUGUUUAGUCAGUGGAUGCACAUUCUUUUUGUAUGAGUAUGACCCACAUUUCAUGUCGGGCAAUCGUACAUUUACCAUGUGUACUCAACAUUUAAAUAUACAAUUUGCCAGAGUCAAAUGAACUGCAGUAAUUUGCAGUUGGAGAGCGAUAUAGAUAGAGAUAAAUUUGGUAA